UAAUUAUUUUUUCCUAAUGCAGUUCCUGAGGAAGUGUCGAAUGUUACUUGUGACAGCAAAUCAGACCGCUUCGGUAUGGUUCGGCUCUACAAUGAGAUGUGCAAAUUACUUACAGAAAAUGCCCAAGAUUCAGUUGCAGCUCAUAUAGCUAACAAUCCGGCUAGCUUGAAUUUGAGAAGAAAUCUUGCUCCACUGGAAGCGUUUAAUCAAGAGAUAAACCAUAUACUUUCACCAGCAUCCAGAGGAGAUGAGAAGGCGAAUGUUGAAAAACCAAGUUCCUCGUGUAUUCCCCGAGCAGAUGAUUUUGUUCAUGGAGUCGCGGCAGAUACUGGGAUGAAGUUAUCAGCUAUGGAUAUAGACCUUCCAACACAGGGUAAUCUGACAGAAUUGGCUUGUGAUGUUCAUAAUGCAGAACCAUCUACGGCUGAGAUUGAAUGUCCUUUGGAUUUAUCAAGUGGAAUUGCAGAUGUAGAAAUGGAGGCAAAGGACGACGAUAAUUGUAAUCUUAAGAUCAAUGUUGGGAUCGAUGGAAGCACAUAGAAAGUCAAAUUGUUUUGGAUGAUUCAAUCAUAUACAGAAUUGCUGAGAUACAUCCUAAGCAUGGAGAAUGAAGGGUAAUAGAACAAUAUAGUAAUUAAUAAUUACUGCAACUUAGAGAUUAUAGAAGAGUGUAGAUGACUUGGCAGAUUCCUGGUUAUUUAGUGUGUGAAUUGCAUUGUUAAAUUAAAAACUGGCUCUUUUUCCCCCCGAAAAAAAUGUUAUUAAUUGUUUUGUUUCCCAGUUUCUUCGGUU